AUGACCCUGGUACGAAUGCGACGCUCGACAGAGCGUCGCAUCCGUGAUGGGUGGGUGGACUGGCAACAGCGGAUGCGCGAGACAGUGCAGAAGAACGGCCAUCUGGGACUGAUCUGUUUCGGAGGCCCGCCUGUUCAUUUCCAAAUUCUGCACAAGCGCUUCGUGGAGAAAUACCAAUGGCUGGACGAGCCUAUGUUCCAGGAGCUGUUCGCCGUCACCCAGGCGCUGUCGGGCCCUGCGAGCACCAAGAUGCUCUAUUGCAUCAACCUCAACCGCAAUGGCUUCUUGUCCGCGCUGUCGGCGUUCCUCUUGUGGUCACUUCCCGGGGCCAUUGGAAUGUACGCCCUGUCACUGGGCAUAUCCAACGUCGGGGACAUCCUCCCUGCGCCGGCCUAUGCCUUGCUCUCGGGUCUGAACGCCGCCACUGUCGGAGUGAUUGCUCUGGCGGCCGUGCAGUUGUCCCAGAAGGCCAUCACAGACCAGAUCACCCGGAUCCUGGUGUUUUUGGGGGCCACGGCGGGCAUGCUGUACAACGCCCUCUGGUUCUUCCCGGUCUUGAUCUUCCUCGCCGGCCCGGUCACCAUUAUCUGGGACUUUCGACUGCUGCAUCCCCUAGUCAAGAAGGCACUGGGGGUGGCACGUAGGGUGAGACCGCGACACGACGGGGAUGAAAUUGAGAUGAAUACUGCAGAUCGGCCACCAGGGCAUCAACUGCAGUCCACCGGGACGGACCACGGCACUCCGUCUCCCAGGCAAGAGACGGAAGGUUCAGGACCCCCCACUACUUCCGAUGAUGCCCAUGGUGUCUCGAGUAGCAGACAAGAUGCAAGAAUCAUCCCGGCGGGCAGAGACUUGAAGGUUUCUUGGAAAUUCGGCACGGUCCUCAUAGCAGGGUUCUUCCUCACCUUCAUCACCGUCAUGGUGCUGCGUGGAGUCGUAAAACAUCGACCACUACUGUUCAGUCUCUUUUCCAACAUGUACCUCGCGGGAACCAUUAUCUUUGGUGGUGGUCCUGUGGUGAUUCCCCUUCUUCGACAGUAUAUCGUCACGGAAGGCUGGGUGUCAUCCCGGGAUUUCCUUCUGGGGUUGGCCAUCAUCCAGUCCUUUCCAGGACCGAACUUCAACUUCGCCGUAUAUCUCGGCUCACUGACUGCGAUCAACGCGUCCAUCCCCAGUGCCGCGGGUGCCAUCCUAGGCUUCAUCGGCAUCUUCGCGCCAGGCUUGGUGCUCGUGCACGGCACCAUGGGCCUGUGGAGGGCGCUGCGCACUCGCCGAUGGGUAAAAGCCGGCCUGCGCGGUGUCAACGCCGCCGCGGUCGGGCUGAUCUACACCGCCAUCUACCGGCUGUGGGAGAUCGGCUACGUCGACGAAGAGUUCACGAGCGGCUCGAGCCUGGGCCGGGAUCCCUGGUGGGUGGUUGUCACUGCGACCAGUUAUGUCGGUGGAUGCUGGUUUGGGGUUCCUGUCCCCGUGGCGAUCCUACUGGGAGGUGUCAUGGGCCUCGUUCGCUAUGGCGUGACAUCGAGCUGA